AGUUAACGUUUCUCUAUGCAUCAGUCUGGCUGCAUCGUAAAUUUUAAAGGUUAUUGACGCAAUGAGCCAGCCCUACAUAACCUAAAAGUUAAAAUGGUGUCUUGAUGUAGGUUCUUCCGGCCGGGAGUCCAAAUCUCUCGUGAAUGACGCUUCAAACUGGCGAUGAAGGCGCUGUGGGGCGCGCUCCGAUGUCACCGGGCGUGACGUCACGUGCGGGCGACCCCCACCACAGGCGGAUGGGGGUUAUCCGUCAGCUGGGCCACGUGCUGAGACACGCAGACCCGAGGCUGUUUAGCGCUGACGAAAGACUGAGUUGGGCUGCCUGCUGGGCGACUCUUCCGCCGACACCAAGAACCUGGUGCGCCCCGGGGAAGCCACCGCACCGACCCCUGGACGGAGGUUCGGGUCGACAACCGGCGGGCAAUGUUCCGCGGAACAGCUCUUCGCGUGCCUGGCGCUGUCCUUCCGGGCGCGCUCUGCUGCCUCCUCGUCCGCUGCUGCGCUUGGACAACUGCCCUCUUUGCGUUCGUCAACCUCCUCCCCCUUACUCACCUCAACCGUAUUAUCCGCCUUAUCACCCGGCAAACCGCGCACCAUUGUCUUCCAGACCGCCACCCCAACCGGGCUCUUCAUCCCCUGUUUCCGGUCUUCAUACUCCUCCCUCUUACUCACUUCAUCCGUAUUGUUCGCCUUGCCACCCGGCCAACCGCACUCUAUUGUCUUCCAGACCGCCACCCCAACCGGGUUCUUCAUUCCCUCUUUACGGUCCUCAUCCUCCUCCCCCUUACUCACCACAACCGUAUUGUCCACCUUGUCACCCGGCAAACCGCGCACCGUUGUUUUCCAGACCGCCACCCCAACCGGGCUCUUCAUCCCCUGUUUACGGUCUUCAUCCGCCUCCCUCUUACUCACCUCAUACGUAUUGUCCGCCUUGCCACCCGCUGCCCCAGGCUGCCCCACAUCCCAGGAGCUGUUCCCGGUGCCAGUCCCAGCUUGUCACUGUCAGGAGUCCCCCCCCGCGACACCUCUUCCCCCCCGGGUGUCCUCUGGGCCGCGCGGCGCCGUCACAGGCUAGCUCCCCAUGCCGUCCUUGCGAGCAGUGUGGGCCCUCGCCACCCCCAGCCUCGUGUCCUCAGCUGUACAAGCCCUGGUGCCCCACGCCCCAAGCCCCGUGUCCUCAGCUGUACAAGCCCUGGUGCCCCACGCCCCCAGCCUCGUGUCCUCAGCUGUACAAGCCCUGGUGCCCCAUGCCCUCAGUGUCGCUCAGUCCUCUGCUCGUCUGUAACAGCCGGGAUGUCGUCGUCGCCAUUUUCAAACCAUGUUAUCACUCACAGUAAAUUAUGUACGAAAGUGUUGUGCUGUAAUAAAGUCGUCGAACAGCGCAUAAAUCUUUCGCACUCCGGCAUCCGGGAGCACAGUGUAUUUCCGGGGAGGAGGGGGAGGGAGCUGAGAUUCCGGAUUCCUUCUCCUGUAGGGACCUUCAGCCGCGACGGCUCAGCUCGGAGCUACCGCACCUCAGCGCUCAUCUAG